GCCAGACUGUAAAAACAGUCGCACAGCUGACAGCAAUACAAACUCACCGCAUUCAUGAAAUCUUGUUUAUAUAGUUAAAAAUGGCCCAAAAAUCGAGCAAUGACUCAAAUAAUGGAACGACAACCGAAAUAGUUGAUGAGGCGGAUGCCAGCGGCUCCACCCCCACGCUGCAACUGCGCUUGGCCCAGCCCCGUGAUGAACGCCGGGUGGUCUUUCACGCUGGAAUCAUUGACAACGAACAUCUGAAUCGGAAAAAAUCCAAAUGUUGCUGCAUAUACAAAAAACCCUUGGCCUUCGGCGAGAGUUCCUCCGAAGAUGACGAAGAUUGCGAGCAUUGUUUCGGACAUCCUGAAAAGCGGAAGAAGAACCUCAAACAUAAUCACAAUCAUGAUCACGACCAUGGAGACGGCCACGACUCUUGCCCGAAUUCGAGACAACCGGAAGAACCAUCUACAUCUUCCCAGGCUGGAAAACCCGGGCCGCCACCAGCCGAGCCGGUUGAGGGGCCGGCAAAACCGACUGGAAAUCCGUAAGGCAAACACCAUUUAAUAAAAAUCUUUAACAACACGAAACGAACUAGCGGCGAGCAGUGAAAUCGGAACACAAUAAAGCAAUCGGAUACGGCA